AUGUCGGCGUGCUCGGCGGUCGAGGCCAAGCUUGCAGCGCUGCUCUCUUCGGUCAGCGCCACGGUGGUCAAGCGGCCGCUCCGGGAGUGGCUUCUCAAGGAGGCGGUGGUGGCGGCGGCCACCGCCUGCCUUGCUGCUCCGGCGGCGGGAGCCGGCAUUGGCGGCGUUCCGGAGGCCUGUUCGGCCUGCGCUGUCAUCGACGGCUACGAGGACGUGCUCAUCAAGUACGGGCACGACCACAAGAAGGCCACGGGCGAGGACAUUCGUCGUCGUCUCGUGGACGGCGGGCACCGCGAGCUCGCCAAGGAGUGGGUCAGCCUGCGCAACGGCCGGCGCGCUUGCGCGCACCCGCACCGUGAGCUGCUGGACAAGAUCCACGGCGCUCUUUCGUGCGCGGCUGACCCCCCGACCUGCUGUUCCACGGGUGCCAGCGGGGACGAAGGCUAUCACUCCGACUCGGCGUCGGGCAGCGGGGACGGCCUGUCUGGGUCCCUGCAGGAGCUGGCGCGGGUCAAGCAGGAGCUGGCGCUGGUCAAGGAGGAGGCUUUCGCCCACAGCCAGCGCGCGGACGAGGCUGAGGGCAUGCUGCUGGUCGAGCGCGCGCGGGUCGCCGAGUGCCAGGAGCUGCUCUCUUCGGCCGAGGGUCGCCUUCAGGAGUGUCAGGCGGUCGCCGACAGCCUCUGCGACGAGCUCAUGGCGACUCGUGCCGUUGCCUGGGGUUUCUCACAGGAGCUCCAGCAUAUCGAGGCUAAGGACUCCGCCGUGCGGGAGGUGGUGAGCCCCGCCGACGGCGAGGAGGUUCUUGCUGAAGCGUCGAGUGGAGCCAACCAGGAGUCCGAGGGCGAGAUUGAGUAUGCCGCCAAGUCCUCUGGGCUCUCCUUCGGUGUCGGCGCCGAGAAGAUUUCUUCCUGUUCUUCUUCUCCAGGGCCCGCUCCGCUUGACGAGGACAUGAUGUACCUGCGUGCCAAGCGGAUGGUGGAGGUUCUCAACACCCGCGAGUUCGCUUUCAAUCCCAUCGACGACGAGGCCGUGUCCGCCUUGGCGGGUUUUGGUGACUACUGGGCCUCGCAGCUCGUGGAGGAGAUGAUCGCGAUGAAGGCCAAGAUCCGCAACCCCAGCGGAUUCAUCAAG